GGUCACUACGUCACAAACCUGAGUUCUUGACGUCUUGUGGUCAGUUGUGAGGUGUGAGCGCUCGGAAGAUCUCAGUUUGGAUCUUUCUCACGGCUAAUAUGUUUGAAUAUCAAACUCCACAGCGAUUAGACCUUGUUCACCGCAGUCAAGGCGUGCUUUUACGAUGACUAUGUUAGUUUAGUUGUUUGUAUGAUUGAAAAUUCCUACUACAGAAUGCUGAUCAUCAUUAUUCUAACUAUAUUGGGACUUACGUCAGUAACAAAUGGAAUGAGUAGGCCUACUGUGAUUGCAUCAAGAAACAUCACGAAACGACAAGCUUGUAAUAGUAAUUCGUUCAGGUGUAAUAAUGGAGACUGUAUCGAUGGAGUGUCAAGUUGUGAUGGGUUCCCUAAUUGCAGAGACAAAUCCGAUGAAACCCGGACCCUUUGCAGUAGGAUGACCUGUCCCCAGAAUACUUUUCGAUGUGCGUAUGGAGCUUGCAUUGAUUCUGAUAAGAAGUGUGAUGGAGAGAAUGAUUGCGCUGAUGGCUCAGAUGAACAACUACAAGAAUGCCGGAGUUCUGCCAGUUCACAGGUUUCUAAUACGGUUACUACUUCAUCUUCAUCUGCUUGUAGAAGAUUUGAGUUCCAAUGCAGUAAUGGAGACUGUAUCGACAGUUCCCUCGUAUGUGAUGGACCAAGGCAUUGUCCAGAUGGAUCGGAUGAAACAAUUACUCAGUGCUACAAUAUUGGACUCAUGUGUCCGAGAGGCUCGUUCAGGUGUGAUUAUGGCGCAUGCGUAGAAGGUGACAUGAGAUGCGACGGCAGAAUGGAUUGUGCCGACAAUUCGGAUGAGAAAGGGUGCGGCGACUUAACGCCUUCUCCUCCUCCUCCUCCUCCUCCUCCUCCACCUCGUCCUACACCAUCGCCGCGGCCAACCACCCCAACCCCCAUCUGGACAACCAGGUGGACCACUACUCGCAGAACAACCCCAGUAGCACCUCCUCAACGAGUUCCAUCGAAUAGCUGUCUAUUCCCAAAAGAUCAGCCAGGAACUAGCUUCGUAAUAAAGUCGUGUAAUUGCAGAUCUCCAUUUGUUCCUCACAACGAUAUUCUUGAAAUGAUAUGUUCUGAAGGAUAUGUACCAUUUUUAGAAAAUGGUUACAACUUUGCGCGAUGCCAAAAUGGUCAGUUUACACCCAGAAAUCAACGUUGUGUUCGUGUAUGCUCGAUAUUGACUGAUACACAUUCUGUGAAAUUUACAUGCAGCAAAGAUGGCCUGGAAGCCAGUUGUGAUGGCACACAAAGGCCUGGUUCAAAAGUGAAGAUGAAAUGUCAGAAUGGCUACAGCUCUGACCCGCGCGAAAUGAUAGGAAGAUGUGCUGAAGAUGGCACUUGGGACAAAGUUGAUGAAUUCGAUUGUACGCAUGAAUGCGGCAAGCUCUUCAAACCUCAGAGACCAUUGAUCUCACAUGGCGCCUCCGUUUCAAGUAUUUCUGAAUAUCCUUGGCAUGCUGGAUUAUAUUCUUUUAGAAAUAAUUCUUGGACUCAGGAUUGUGGAGGAACAAUUAUAUCAGCUUUUUUCAUUCUUACAGCUGCUCAUUGUGUUAUUGUUGGUGGACAGCGCCAGGAGCCAUCCAGUUUAAAAAUUGCUGUUGGUAAAUAUUUCCGAACUUUUGAUAUCCAAUUCUCUGAGAAGAGUACAGCAAUUAUACUGAAUGUCGAGAAAAUUUAUGUCCCAGAUUCUUUCAACGGCGACCCUUCUCUCUAUGAGAAUGAUAUUGCUGUAAUUCAAGUGGUUCAACCUAUAAGAUUUUCUGAGGCUGUCAAACCUGCCUGCAUCAACCCGACCUCUAUGCCCAAUCUCUAUGGAAAAUUUGGCCAUAUUGUUGGUUGGGGAAGAGAUGAAACUGGAUUGAGCACGGAGACGCUGAAAUCUGCAAUGUUACCGUACAUGUCGUUCUCGGAAUGUGCGAACUACCCCGGUGUAAACGGCCGGCUCGCUCGUGACAAGUUCUGCGCCUUUUUGACAAAUAGCACUACUCGCGUAUUGGAAGGUGACAGUGGAGGAGGAUUAACGUUUGAAAUCGACGGCUAUUCUUCAUUGCAGAAAACAUUUAUACAAUAUCAUUUCAUCUAUGGAAUAGUCAGCGUUAACAUUCCAAACACAAUCGUAUCUGCUUUCACUGACAUCACCUAUCCGGCCAACAGCGAAUUCAUUAAUAGAAUUAGAAUAGAUUUCGAUAAAAGUUUGAGGCUGAGUAACAGAAAUAAAGGAUGAUCGUUCACAUUGAUUCAUAGA